AUGGCUAGUAACUUAGACUUGAGUUCUACUUCCCCAUUCAAUCUCCAAACCCUCCAACACCGCCCUGAUCUCCAUCUCCAAAUCCCUCCUGACUCCGAAUACGAUACCAACCAAACCACCCCUGGUUCCGGCGACGGUGGCGGCGGCCGCCGUCCUCGUGGACGUCCUCCUGGUUCCAAGAACAAGCCCAAACCACCAGUCAUCAUUACUCGUGAGAGCGCCAACACCUUACGAGCUCACAUCCUCGAGAUUAGUAGUGGAUGCGACGUUUUUGAAUCUGUUGCCGAUUAUGCCAGGAAGCGUCAACGUGGGAUUUGCAUAGUUAGCGGCAGCGGAACCGUGAACAACGUUAGCCUCCGGCAGCCGGCUGCCACCGGAUCUGUUGUGACCCUUCAUGGCCGGUUCGAGAUACUUUCGCUGUCGGGAUCGUUCUUGCCUCCUCCGGCACCACCGGGUGCCACCAGUUUGACUAUUUACUUGGCGGGUGGACAAGGACAGGUUGUCGGUGGAAACGUUGUCGGAGCUCUGGUUGCUUCUGGGCCAGUAAUCGUCAUAGCAGCUUCUUUUACGAAUGUAGCGUAUGAGAGGCUGCCAUUAGAUGAAGAGGAAGCGGCUGCGAGUAGUGGCGGAGGUGGAGGCGGAAACGGAGACGGGGAUGGUGGCGCCGGUCACCCCUUUUCAGACCCAUCAUCCAUGGGCUUACCCUUCUUUAACUUGCCACUCAACAUGCCAAAUGUCCAGUUACCGGUGGACGGCGGUGGUUGGUCCGGUAACCCAUCGAGCCGGCCGACGUUUUAACAGCUUGGAAGUCUCUAAUCUUGAAGAAAAAGGUCAGACAAAACGAAUGGAUCAUCAUUCAUUAUUUGACCAUCACAUCUUCACCUUUUUUUGUUCCAUCUUCAAUGGGAUUAAUCCACUCAGCCCUAUUCUGUUGAUCCAACUGUAGCCUUAGUUCUUUAAAUUUGUGAAUUAAGAUCAAAUCUUCAUUGUCUUGUUGUUUGGUACUGUGUUUGUGAAACCCUCUUCAUCUUU